AUGAUAAACCAACCAACACCUCAAGUCACCAACUGGCCCUGGAAGCAUAUUUGGAAGACCAAGAUACCAUGCAAGGUUGCAUGCUUCUCAUGGUUACUGGCAAAGGAAGCUGUGCUCACACAUGAAAAUUUAAAGAAGAGGAACUGGACUAUGUGCUCAAGAUGUUUUCUCUGUGAAAAAGAAGUAGAGACAAUUGGUCACUUAUUUUUGCACUGCAGGAUAACUGAUCAGCUAUGGAAGAUCUUCAUUAAUCUCAGAGGCAUAGCCUGGACAAUGCCUAGAAAGAUUACUGAAGCUCUCUUUAGUUGGGAGGCAGCUGGAGCUGGAGCAAAUGACAUAAACAGAUGGAAGAUGGUCCCUGCUUGCAUUUGGUGGGCAAUUUGGAAAGAAAGGAACUCUAGAUGCUUUGAGAACAGCAGCAACACAAUGCAGGAGAUCAAGCUUAACUGUAUUAAGCUUUUUUCUUUUUGGUGUAACCAGAUCUACCCAGAGGAUACUAUAUCUAUCCUAGACUCAUUAGGUUCCUGUUAG